AUGAUAAUACAGAAAAAACAAAAAAAAAAAAAAAAAGUCCAAUUUUCUGAAAAAAAUGAAACAUUAUAUUAUGAAAAAGAUGAAAAUGAAAAUAGUUAUUUUAAUUUUGCAUUAAAUAAUUUUAAUUAUUUUGAAUCCUUUUACAAUAGGAUGUAUAAUUCAGAUUUUAAUGAACAAGAGAUACAAAAAUACGAUACAUUUUUAAAUGACAACGAUAAUGAUAAAGUAUUGGAAUAUAACGAUAUUGAUGAUGAAGAAGACGACGAAGAUGAUGAUACAGAAGAUAUUUUUUUAAAAAAAUCGGAUUUAGUUAAUUCAACAUUUAAAGGCGUUAAUAAAUUAAAAAUAGAUUUACAUAGUAAAAUAAAUAAAGAUACUUCAAACUCUACUACAUAUGAAAAUGAAAAAAAUAAUACCCCCUAUUCAAAAAAAGAUAAAUUUGCUCAGUCGUUUAAUGAAGACUGUUCAUUUGAAAUUAAUGACAUUCAAUCUGCUAUUAUAAAUGCAGAAGAAAAAACAACAUAUUAUAAUAAAGAUUAUUUUGGAUAUGAAAUCGAACCAUUUAAUAUGAAAAAUGAAUUACAAGAAGGAUAUAUAGAUAAAGAUGGAAAUUAUAUUUAUCAUGACUCUAAAAAUAAUAAAGUUGAAGAAGCAUGGCUAAGAUCUAUUGAUGAAAAUGAAUCUUUUUCAAAUAAUAAAUUACCAUCUCAAAUAAAUAAACAAACUAUUCCAAAAUCGAAUAAUAAUAUGAAUACUGAUAUAUAUGGCAAUUCUCCUAGUGUUAAUAUUUACGAUGCACUAUAUUCCUUGUCAUGUUUAUUAACAGAUAAAGAAACACCUAUUAAGGCUAUGAUCAGAUAUAAAAGUGAUUUAAAAAAUUGCAAGGAUUAUUUAAAUCAAUGCAAAACUAAUUUAGAGGAAGCCAAAACACAGGGACCCCAAAAAGACGAAGCCGGGGAAAAUCCAAAAUCUGACCAAGGCCAGACCACCCCAAAUGAGCUCCAAGCGGACGCCAAUAAAAGUGAGGAAACUACUGAAGAAACUGCUGAAGAAAAAACGGAGGAGGAAGACCAGGCUGGUGAAAAGGUUGGCGAAAAUGUAGAGAAUGAAAAAGAUGAUGAAAAAACGGAGGAGGAAGACCAGGCUGGUGAAAAGGCUGGUGAAAAGAGUGACACGACUCAGGAUGAGCAUAAGAAAAGGAUACAGCAGCUGGAGGAAGUUUAUCAAAAGGCAUCGUUAGAUUACAAAACAAUAGAAAGACAGUUUAAUAACAUAAUUGAUUUAACACAAAAAUUAACUAAUGAAUAUAAAAAUGUAUAUUUUAUAACAAAAAAUGAAUUUGAAGAUAUUUGUAAAAAAUUAGAAGAAUGUAAAGAGAAUGGAGAUAUAUUAUGGCAACUAAAAUGGGAAAGUGAUGCCAAUAAUAAUAUAUAUGGACCAUAUAAUUAUUAUGAUAUAUAUAAUUUUAUUUCUCUUGGUAUUGUAUCAGCAGCAAAUCCAAUAUUCCUAAGACGAGUAAACAAUGAAAAUAAAAUAUUGGAAAAUGUUUGGCAAAGUUAUGAUACAGUAAAUUAUCUUAAUUUUGUUAAUAAUGAUCAUGUAAAAAAAAAAAGAAAAUUAAAUGAAAUAAAUAUGGAAGAUUCCGAUGACGAUAAAAAGGAAGUAGACAGUUCUACUGAUGAUAAUGAAUAUGAUAUUCAAAAUAAAAAAAAAAAAAAAAAAGGACUAAUACAAAUAUCAAAAAAAAAGGAAAAAGUAGGCAAUGAAGAGGAUAGUGACAAUGAAGAAGAUUUUGAAAAUUAUGACAUUUAA